ACGUAUUUUGUAAGAAAAUAUCGAAAUUUUGAUUUGAAAAGAAAUUCGCUGAAAACAGGGGAUUAAUAUAAAUCUUCAUGAGAGAGAAGAAAAUUAAUUAAACACAACAUCGGCCAAAGUGACUUUCUCUAAUUUGUUGGGAGGCUCUUAUGAACGACAAGACUCCACCUUCUGUUGGCUUUGAAGCCAAAAAGACUUUUUCAUCGUCUAAUGAACUGGUAUAAACCAAAGUUUAUGUUUGAAAAACAUCUAUACAUGUAAGAACAGAAAUUCACUCAACAGCCGCAAAAGGUGUCCAAUUAUAAUUUUCAAGAUGCAUUCGUGCACACAAGAUAUAAGUUAUUUUGUUAAUUAUUCGAUGAAAUAUCACGUGCUGAAAAGGAGAAGGCAAACAUUAAACAUAAUUAUUGUUUAAUAUUUGUCAGCUUUAUUUAAAUUGAAAAUUUCUUUUUUCUUUUUACGAGAAUUUCUGGACGAAAAGAAAUUGCAUCGAUUGAAGAGAAUAGAAAUUGUGAUAUGUAAAGGAAAAUUAUAAUUGAUGUGUCAGUACGAUACUAAUGGGAAUUUUUUUUUAUUAAUAAACUUUUGGAAACUGGGAAAAUAAACUUUUGAAGGAUCAAGGAAUAUUUUAGUUUGAUUAAUUUUUUAUAAGAAACGUUGAUUUGAAAUAUUGCACAAAUUUCGAAAAUUGGAAAUUAUCACAAACGUUAAAAAGAUAGAAACUCCGAGUUCGUUGGACAAUACUCGAAUAAUUGACUCAUUUCUGAAAAUUUACAUCACGAAAAGCUCCGCCUUUGAAGCUAGCUAAGAAGAGAGAUAUUUGUGUACGAGUUUUGGUCCAUCCAGAAUCCAGAUUUAAGUGUGGGUGUCAAUUGUAGGAGGUUCUCGAUGAAACUCCUCCUUUGGCUCCACUAUCUAAAUUCGCCGCUGAAGAUGAAGAAGAAGAAGAAUAAGAACAUAAAGCUGAAGAAGCUUACAUCUUGUAAUUUCGAUCAACAAAUAAGGCAGAGAGACACAGAAGGGAAGAGUGUAAAAAAAGGAAGUGUGAAGAAAAAAGUUUUUUUUAAAAAAAAAGAAUAUAAAAGGCAAAAAAUUAAGGGGGAUAAUUUGAAGGAAGAAGAGAGUGUUCUAUGAGAUUGAGAAGGAGAGAAAAGGAGAAGACCAAGGGAAGAGGACAAAUUUGGUAGAGGGACAAAAAUGUGUUGAGGGAGAGAGAGAGAGAGAAUGAGAGAGAAUGAUGGACCGAUGAUAAGAUCUGGCAGUCUCUCGUGUGAAGCACGUCCGUUCUGUGCGCUUUCUUCUUAAUUUUCCUGGUUGAAUUUCUCUUCUCUUUUCUUGAUUACUUCGAACGAACCCUGUCAGCAUCCCAAAGUUGAGGUGAAGACGGCUCCUGUUGGCGAAUCACACGACCUCGACGAUGUCCAGAAUCCUCAGAUAUUCGGUCAAGAUCAACCGUCGGCUUGCUGAUGAAGGAAUUAUAUUAUUCUAAUGUCUCAUCCGGUGAUUUCAUUCUAGCGAAAAAUUGUUUUUCCCUCACUUUUAAACGUGAAAUAAACUUAAGGAAAUAAUCUGUUCAAACUUUGGAUUCUGUGGCUACUUUGGAAUAAUAUUCGUUUCAAAUUCUGCCAAUUUUGAUAAAAUCCUAAAUGUGAGUUAAUGAUUCGAAAUUUUCGGAUAUUAAAUUUAAAUCAUUAAAAGAAUAAUUUUUUUUUUAUUUACACAAAGCCAAAUAAUUAUGGAUUGAACAAUUUUGUGUCAUAAAUUAUUUUCAACACGUUUUGGUACGCAAAAGAAGAUGCCAAUUCGUGUAAAAAAAUCAUUGGAGUGAUUAAAUAUUUGCCAUUCAAGUGAAAAAGAAAAAAGAAUAUUGUUAAUGUGAAAUUUAGAGAAAAAUUUCUAAAUGACAAUAAAUAUUCAAGGAACAAUUUUCUAUUUUCAUAAUUUAAAUUUUUGACAUAUUCAACAAGCAUUAAUUAAAAGGAACAAAGUGUCAAUUUUUGAUUUGAAUUUUUAUACAUAUUCAAAGUGAAAAAAUUCUCAUGAUCCAUCCAAAAGCAGAUGGUACGACAUGUGCCAUUGACAAUCGAUUUUUUGUGAAUACUCUACAUUCUCGGGAAUUGACAAUAAUUGACAGAAUGCAACAGCAACAGCAUGAUCAACGAAAUGAGGUGACAGUCGAUUGCUGUUAUCAGCAAUGGACCACACAUCAUCAGCAUCAACAGCAACAGCUGCCGCCGGUUCCUUCACCAAUGCAACAGAUGGAAGCGUGUCUUGAAACAGCGGGAAGAGUAAAACGUUCACGAAGUCCAAAUUUACUAAUAUCGAGUGCUUCACUUUCGCCACAAGUAUCUUCAGCAAUAUCAUCAUCGCCGUCGGAUUCUUUAAAUGACAAUAAUAAUAAUAAUAAUCAUAAUGAAGAUUCAACAGCUUCAUCUGCUGAAGGUAUUAAUUCAAAGAGGCCAAUUCAUCCGGCUUUAAUUGGAGCUGGUUCAGUUUUAGAAGCAAGACCAUUGUGGGAAGAAUUUCAUCAGCUUGGAACGGAGAUGAUUGUGACGAAAGCUGGCAGGAGAAUGUUUCCCACUUUUCAGUGUCGAUUUUUUGGAUUGGAUCCAAAUGCGGAAUAUUUAUUGGUAAUGGAUUUUGUGCCUUGUGACGAUAAAAGGUAUAGGUACGCUUUUCAUAGUAGUGCUUGGGUUGUGGCUGGUAGAGCAGAUCCUGUUUCGCCUCCGCGAAUUCAUGUUCAUCCCGAUAGUCCAGCGAGUGGUGCUCAUUGGAUGAAACAGCCUGUUUCAUUUGACAAACUCAAAUUGACUAACAAUCAACUAGAUGAUAAUGGACAUAUUAUUUUAAAUUCCAUGCAUCGUUAUCAACCAAGAUGUCACGUUGUUGUUGCUCCAUCGCCACCAGGAUCGAGUCCCGAUCCAAGAACGGAAAAUUUCAAAACAUUCUCAUUUCUCGAGACAAGAUUCACUGCAGUUACGGCCUAUCAAAAUCAUCGAAUUACACAAUUAAAAAUUGCCAGCAAUCCAUUUGCAAAAGGAUUUCGUGAUUGUGAGCCUGAUGAAUGUGAUUCACCAACAUCGAGUGCUCCAAAUCCUGCGAAAAGACCAGCUACAGGAAAUAAUGGCGUUUUAGGAAAUACAUAUCCAGGAAGUGUACCUCUUGUGUCAACUAUGUCGAGUCAAGAUCAACAUCAUCAAUUUUAUGGAACAACAGCGGGACACUGGACCUAUUCUAAUCAUCAUCAUCACCAUCAUCAAACUACACAUUCAGUUAAUCCAUCUCACUAUAACGCUCAUUCUCAUCAUCCCCAUUCGGCACAUGCAUCAUCUUUAUACGGUCCAAGGUAGCCCUCAACAUUAAUUAUUAUUUAAAAACAUUUUUCUAAUAAAAAAAAUAAAAUACUCAUUUUUUUUAUCGGAUUUUAAUUUUUAAUUGCAAAUUAGGUUAAAUGAAAAUUUGAUCAAGAAGAAAGCAAAUUCAGCUAAAUUCCAAUUUUGCAAAUAAUUGGGAAAAAAUUAUAUAAUACGAAUGCAAUAAUGAAACAUCUUAGUAAACAAAAAAAAAUAAAAACAUUUUUAUGACCUAUUUUUUUGUUAUUUUUUUUUUUAAAGAAUACACAUAUAUAUAACACAUGACUUGGACUGUGAAAAUAUGACGCAAGUGAAUUUAAAAUUGUGCAAGAGUUACACGCAUAAAAUGUGGUGCAAAAGUAACGAUGCCAAAGUUUGGAGCCAAGAUACUUCUCUAGAACUAGAAUAAUAAUGAAAAACAAAUAUCAAAAGUUGUCAGAAUAAUUAUUAUUGAGUCUUCCUUUUUUUUUCUUUCUUUACAAUUUAUGAUAUAUACAUUUUAUUAUAUCUGUUAUAAUGGGAAAAUUCAAUAGAAUCAAAAACCAAAGAAUAUGUUAUGCCAAAUGAAUAUACUUAAAAUUUUCCUUUAUUAUAAAAUAAAUGGAUAAUUAAAAGAAAAUUAUAUAAAAAUCAGGGAAAAUAGACUGAUAUUAAUGUUCUUUUUUUAUUAUAUAAAAUUUAUUAAUAAUAAAAUAAAACAAAGUUUAAAAUUUUAAACUCUAUUAAUAAUUUAAGUAAAUAAAAAUUAUGAAAAUUAAUUUUAAAAUAACAAAAAGAAGAAAUAUGAAAAAUUAAUUGUCGAUUUUAAACUAUUUUGUAACGUAAUAUACAUAUACUAUUUUAACAUGGGAUUGCAAUAGUAAAAAAAAAAAAAAAUAAAAUAGACUUUAAAUAUCGGACUUGACCUGCAAGGACCAGUCUCAUCGAUUUCGUGGUUGCCCCAGCAGCGUGUAACAAAGUGCCUUUUGUAGGAGCAAAGUGCGUCUAUUUAUGUUGGGUGUCUCAAAUGCCAAACGAGCCUAAACGCACACGAGAGCCAAAAAAGAUGUGGACGUAAACGUACCAUGACAAACCCCCCUCUAGUCUAAGUGCUUUAAUAAAUUAUACCGUAGAGUGCCAUGCUAUUAUGCAUAUUAUAAAUCAGUAAUGAGUAGAAACAGGAAUCAAGUUUCCAUAUUUGCUAGUUUUCAGCUCGUUACUUAACAUUGAAAUUGGAAACGUUGCAUAUCAUUUAUAUAUACAAAAUCAUCCCUUAUAGUUCAUAAACAAAUUUUUUUUUCAACUAAAAACGAGACUGAAAAUUAUGCUUUUAUUAUAAUAUAUAUGUAUUUGUUAUAUUAAUUAGUUGAUUCAUUGGCUAAUUAAUUAGCUAAUUAAAUAAUUAUAUCUAAAUAUAGUUUACUAACUGGAUAAUUAAUUAGUUAAGUAAUCAUUCAUGUACUUUGUUAAUUCACUAUUAUAAUUAAUUACUCAGACGAUUAAUCAAUUAAUUAGUUUGUAAAUUAGCCAACUAAUUAUUUAAUUAAUUAAACAUGAUGGGGGAAAUAUCAUUAUUCAUUAAUGAUUUAUUAUUCUCUUCAUUUGUGCGUUUUAAAUUCAUUAGUUUUUAGUAUCUAAUUUUUUCUUUAAUUAAUAAUAUUUUAUUAUACACCUUUUUUUUUAUAUAAUUUUCGAAUAUAUUUAUAAAAAAUGUAAUAGAUUUUCUAAGUUCUAAAGUAUUACUAAAU